CACAAACAACAUGGCGGACGCCGUAGGUUGGAAGAGAAAUCUGAGAAAACAACUCCGACAACGAAACCGAGUGGAAUGUGAAUAUUUUAAAGAACUCAUCAACAAUCACAACAAAAUUUUUGAAGGUGUUGAUUCAAUGCGAACUCAGAAUGUGGCUCUUCAAAUACAAGUAGAACGAUUGAAACAGGAGAACUUAGAUUUAAACCUCAAGAGUGAAACGAGUUCUAGUGGAAACGGGGGAGGAGGAAAAGCUUCCAAUGAAAAAAUCCAGUCUUUGGAACAAAAAUUAUUUAAACUUCAAGAAGAACUUACUGAGAUGCAUCGCCGAAAAGGAGAAAAUGCACAGCAACUUAUAGAUGUCAGUCAUGAGCUGCAAGAAAAGGAAAAAUUGCUAACAUCCAAAGACACAAAACUCACUGAAACUCUUUUCCAACUAGAUUCUCUUAGAAAUGAAAUGAAACACUUAGAAGAUUCCAUUAUAGAGAAAGAAACUGCUUACCAGCUGCUGCGAGAUGAACAUCAGGCAUUACAACUUGCAUGCACAUCAGCAGAGGAAAAAUUACGAGUUGCAAAGGAGGAGAACACUGAAUUAAUAACUAGGUGGAUGGAAUUAAAAGGCAAACAGGCAGAAUUUUUAAAUUUUGACAAUGAGGAAUACCACAAAAAACAACGAGCAAAACUAAAACAAGACCUAAAGGAAGCUGCUGAAACUCAUGUUGAUAUUAAACAACCAAAAAUUAGACCUCAACGCUCUGGUUCGCAGUCGAUGCAAAUCUGUUACCAGGCUAUCAUUCCAACACAUGCACAUUAUAAAUUUGAUGCACAUGACGGUGAAGUGAAUGCCGUUAGAUUUACAUUGUCAGGAAGGAUAUGUGCUACAGGUGGUGCGGAUAGGAAAAUUAAAUUAUGGGAGUAUGGAAAUGGGCAACUGAUUUUAAAAGGUUCGUUAAUGGGUAGUAAUGCUGGUGUCAUGUGUGUGGACUUUGACAGUCAAGAGCACCAUGUAUUGGGGGCAUCCAAUGACUUUGCUAGUCGAGUAUGGAGUAUAGCAGAUCACAGACUUAGGCAUACGCUAACGGGUCAUAGUGGCAAAGUAUUGGCUGCUAAAUUCUUUGGUGAUGCUUCAAAGGUGGUGUCUGGCAGUCACGAUAGAACGUUGAAAGUCUGGGAUUUGAGAAGCAAAGCGUGUAUAAGGACUAUUUUUGCUGGAUCAAGCUGCAAUGACUUGGUUACCAGUGAAGCUGCCGGUUCCACUAUUAUCAGUGGUCACUUUGAUAAAAAAGUUAGGUUUUUUGAUACCAGGUCUGACACAUGUGGUAAUGAGAUUACACUGCAAGGUAGGGUGACAUCUCUUGACCUGUCACCGGAUAGGACUAUGUUGCUAAGCUCUACUAGAGAAGAUUCACUUAAAGUUAUCGAUCUCAGGAUGAACCAAGUUAUUUCAACAUGCUGUGCUGAUGGGUUUCAUGUUGGAAACGAUUAUAGCCGAGCUGUUUUCAGUCCAGAUGGUCAGUAUACAUUAGCUGGAUCACAGGAUGGGUCUGUGUUUAUAUGGAAUACAGCAACUGGUAAACUUGAAACCAGGCUAAUGAAAGAACACCAUUCCUCUGUAGUGGCAGUUGCUUGGCAACCAAGUGGUGCUAUGGUGAUAAGUUGUGAUAGGACGAAAAAAGCGAUACUUUGGUCAGAUAUUUAAUGAUUCACUAUUAAAUUCAGUUUAUUGAAAGGUCUUAUCAUAAUGUGGUAGUUUUUACUCUACCUGUGCCUCAAAUCGAAAUCACCUACAUACAUUCUAUGGACCUUUAGAUGGCAAAAAGCAGCAUUAUUAGAAAGAAGACCAUUUGUAGUAAAAGAAAACAUCAUCAUAACAAAAAAGUUUCAUACUCCAUUUAAGUCCUCCAUAAUACAAAAUUAAAAAAAUAAUUAUUUGAUACAAAGAUAAUGUAACUUAUUAAAAAAAUUUCACCCAGAAACUGGUUGAAUCAAGACAACCAUGUACAAAAUAGAUACCACCAAAAGUACUUUAUUUCGGAAGGGGAGAUACUUUGUUUUGUCGCCUUCAUUUGCAUUUUAAAUUG